GGCGCUUUGCAUGAUGACAUGUCUGCCUGUGUGUGAUUUGAAUCGAUUUAAAUGUCUCCUCUGUCUCUGUGUCCCAGAACGGCAGCGCGGGCUGGGCGGACGAGGCGGACAGCAGCCGGGGCCGGGGAGAGGCCUCCAGGGACUUCGCCAAGCUUUACGAGCUGGACAGCGACCCCAACAGGAAGGACUUCCUGGAUGACCUUUUCACGUUCAUGCAGAAACGAGGAACCCCAGUGAACCGUAUCCCCAUCAUGGCCAAGCAGGUGCUGGACCUGUACAAGCUGUACAAGCUGGUGACGGAGAAGGGCGGCCUGGUGGAGGUGAUCAACAAAAAGAUCUGGAGGGAGAUCACCAAGGGGCUGAACCUACCCACCUCCAUCACCAGCGCCGCCUUCACCCUGCGCACACAGUACAUGAAGUACCUGUACCCGUACGAGUGCGAGCGGAAGGGCCUGAGCUCCCCAGGAGAGCUGCAGGCGGCCAUCGACAGCAACCGGCGCGAGGGCCGGCGCCCAAGCUACAGCAGCAGCCUGUUCCGCUUCUCGCCCUCCCCCAGCACCGCCCCCCACAUCCUCUCCGGCCCCAAGAUGCACUUGUCGGCCCUGGGCAUCGGGGCCUCGGGGGCCCUCAAUGGCCUGCAGUCCUCCGCGGGCCCCUCCCUCAAGAAAGAAGACCUGGCCUCCUCCAUGCUGGGGGUGCGCUCCAACAUGGCGAUGGCGCUGGGCCAGCAGCAGGUAGCCGGCCUGGCCCGCGCGGCCACCCUGGAGCAGCUCCGGGAGAAGCUGGAGACGGGCGGCGGCGAGGGCCCGGAGAGGAAGAUGGCGCGGCUGGCUGAGGAGCAGCAGCGCCUCAUGCAGCAGGCCUUCCAGCACAACCUGCUGGCCAUGGCCUCACAGGUGCCCAUGAACCUGCGGCUGGCAGCGCCCUCAAUCACCACCAGAGGUCCGUCACAUGAAAAGCCGCAGGACAUGUCUCUGAGCAUCUCGACCAACGGGAACGCCAGCAUCACGGUGUCCGUGGAGGUGAACGGCACACUGUACUCAGGGACUCUGUUCGCCCAGAAGUCUGGGGGACCCGCGGGGCCCACCCUGUCGGCCUCUCCGGUCUCGGCCCCCGGUCCCGGGCCCAGCUCCGGCUUCGUCUUCUCUGCCCCGACGGCCCAGACACUCAGCCCGGCCUCAUCCUCCUCCUCCUCCUCCAAGGGCCCUUGCUCGGCGCCGGCUGCCGGAGGGUCCCCAUGACUCUGGAGGCCCUACGUACCCGUGGCCCAGGCUUCGGAUCCGGGCGGAGCCCCAGCAUGAAUUUACAGUACAUUGAGAAACCGAUAGGAAUCGACAAACUGUUGCACAAUUACCUCAUCAGCCAGUCGACCUCCUGGCCGUCCAGAACCCAGAGCCUGAGAUCUGGGCUACGACGCCGCGCCCCCAUGUGUACAGCAUCUUACUCAGCUCACGGACACAUACACACACCCAUAGACACACACACAUAAACACACAUACACACACCCAUAGACACAAACACACACACACACACACACACACACACACACACACACACACACACACACACACACACACACACACACACACACACACACACACACACACA